GACACUGGGUACCAUAGAGGUGGGGUGCAGCAAUGAGUUGAAAAUGGGGAAAGGCGUUUGAAAGUCUCACAUGAAGCUACUGGCCCCCCUAAGCCCCCCUUCACCUCCCACAAGCAGCCAAGUGACAAUCUCCUUUCCUUACCCCCAGCAGGCAACUAGAGGGUUAUUUUCUCGAGAAAACGAAUGAGACACCGAGAAGUUCAGGAUUCAGGGAUGCCAGGCAGACAGUUACCUUGGAGCGGCAGGGCCUGGGAGGGGCAGGGAGGCACGAGAUUGUCACUUUCCAUCACAAACUCGUUUGUAGAAUUUAAUUUCCUAUGUGCAUGUGUUGCUUUGAUAUAUUUCAGGUUUAGGUAAGCAUAAAAUAAAGAUGCAUAAAUAAUAAAAAAAAUAUAUGAGAGCCAUUAGGUGUUCUUACCUUUAUGUUUUAUGUUUACCAGUGUACACUGUUUCUCAAGAACCUCCAUGCUGAGGGGAGGUUCUUCUAGCCAACUGCAUCCCACCUUACUUACCAAACAAACAAACCCGUUGCCAUCCAGUGGAUUCUGACUCAUAGCGACCCUAUAGGACAGAGUAGAACUGCCCCAUAGAGCUUCCAAGGAGCGCCUGAUGGAUUUCAACGGCCGACCUUUUAGUCAGCAGCCGUAGCACUUAACCACUACGCCGCCGCUAGAGCUCAGAAUCCAUGCAUUCAAGCUUCACGACCCACAAUCCGGUCACAUGGGUUGAGACCUUUCUGCCACACUGCCGGUGCCAUGUCUGCAGGCUGUGCACAGGAAAGAUGCUGCUGAGGGCUCUCCCACCGACAACCCCAGAAUUACAUAAGUUCGUGUUUUCAGCACACGAGGUCUCAUUCAUUGGAUCUGCAAGUGCUGAGCCCAACAAGUACCGGGCUACGUACUGAGUUAGGGACUGGAGUCAGAAACAGGAAAAGACAAUCAGGCCCAGCCCUCAACCUGGUACCGGGAGCCUGUCAGCCGCUCCACAAGCGGCGCCGCACCUGUCUCCCUCACAUCUCUGCGUACCCCGACCCCGCCUCUAUCCGGGCCUCUCGCGCUCCGUGUUUCCCCUCUGCCCGCAGGCGUAGAGCUCUGAGCCCAGGUCGCAGCCCAGGGCGGUGCGUCAUUUGCCCGCGCCGGGAGGGAGAGGGGCGGGGCCCCGCCGGAGGCGCCUGAGUGGAGACGAAGGGUCUGGUCGCCUAGCGACAGACCCACGCGGAGCCAUGGAGCCCAGCCGCAACCGGGAACGCGAGGCCAGGGAAUAUUUGGAAAAACAUAAGAUCAUGGAGUUCCUGAACCUGCUCACCAGCGCACUCCUCUUUUUCCGUCCGGGAAAACCAAGAGAAUAUUUAAUAGCUACAUUGGAAAGACUGAGAAUUGCCCAAGUAACAGGCGUGCCUUUUUCUUUCUUUAUGGAUAACAGUAAUAUUGUGGCUAUGUUUGAGAUGAUGGACUCCUCAAAUAGAGGCAGCAUAUCAUUUGUACAGUAUAAAGAAGCCCUAAAGACCUUGGGUCUGUGUACUGCAGAUGAAGUUUUAAAAGAUGAUGGACAUGCAAUAACCUUGGAAAAAUUCAGGGACGAAGUGUAAGUUUUUUUUUUGAAUGCGUAAUAUUUUAAUAUGUCAUGAUUUUUAAGUAGAAUUACUACAUUUUAGAAUAGAGGUUCUGUCUUAGUCAUCUAGUGUUGCCAUAACAGAAACACCAUAAGUGGAUGGCUUUAACAAAGAGAGAUGUAUUUUCUCAUUCUCACAGUCUAGUAGGUUACAAGUCCAAAUUCAGGGUGUCAGCUCCAGGGGAAGGCUUUCUGUCUUUGUCAGCUCUGGAAGAAGGUCCUUUGUCCUCUAUCUUCCCCUGGUCAAGGAGCUUCUCAGGCCCAGGGACCCCGUGUCCAAAGAACACACUCUGCUCCUGGUGCUGCCUUCUUGGUGAUAUGAGGUCCCCAACUCUCUGCUUGCUUCCCUUUCCUUUUAUCUCUUGAGAGAUAAAAGGUGGUACAGACCACACCUCAGGGAAACUCCCUUUACCUUGGAUCAGGGAGGCGACCUGAAUAAGGGUGGUGUUACAAUCCCACCCUAAUCCUCUCAACAUAAAAUUAUAAUCACAAAAUGGAGGACAACCACACAAUACUGGGAAUCAUGGCCUAACCAAGUUGAUACACACAUUUUUGGGGUGACAUAAUUCAA